CUGCGUGCGCUUCUCUGAUCACUUUGAAGUUUUUACUAAGAACACUUGAAGAAAUAUAAUAAUUAAAUAUUAGUUUAUACUAAGUCCAUCAGUGUAGCUGGCUGGGUUAAUAAAACUAUUUUGCCUACUGCUAUCCAUCCAAAUAUUUUUUUUAUUGUCUGUUUGUGCUAUGUCAGUCAGUAUACAGCACAGACAGACAAUAGAAAUUUUUCUAGGCUGCGAGUAGGUACAUCGUACAUCCGAUAGUAAAAGAAAAAAGAUACUUUGACAGCUUGACAGCUGUUUUGAGACUUCUAGAUUUUGUUUGUUGCGCAAUAAAAGCAAAACUGUUCAAACCAAAAAGCCGCAUCCAUUUUAUUGUGUCAAUAGUAAAUCGUCAAGUUCAGUUAACAUGUCACAAACUACAAUUAUGGAUAAAUUAAGAUCAUUUUUUGGGUUCGGUUUGCAGCCACCUAGAAAUGACUUUCGAAAUCCUAUCUGGGGAUCGGACGACGAUGACGACGGCGACGAACUUUAUACAAGAGACCAAACAACAGCAUACAAUCCGCACGAUUUCCACCUGGAGGUAGCCAAACAAAUGAACGACAUGUUCAAGAUAUUUGGCAACAUAUUUGGUGACGUCAAAUCAUUCUUCAACGACGAGGAAUUCGAUCAACUCGCUGGUUUUGGAGACAUCCCCGCUGAAUCUUCCAACUUUAACAAUAACAGCAUAAGAGAUUAUUAUUUGAAACCUGGUUACCACAACCAAAAACAAGAACACCCAGAAGACAUUGAUUUGGACGGAAAAAUAUCUUCAAAUGAAAUAUCAGGUAUGUUAAAACAGAAGGAAGACAAAAAGGUUGGAACCCUCAUGCCGUUCAGUGGAGAUAUGGUCCCUGGAAGAUCAUUUUGCAAGACUGUCAUCACCACUAGCAUUACCAAGCCUGAUGGUACUAUAGAAACCAGAAGGAUUGUGAAAGAUGGCAAUGAAGUAGUGGAAGAGACAAUCACUUCAACGGAACCAACAACACGAGGGCCGUACAAUACUGGCUUUGAUAAUAUCAGAAAUCCGGGCAUCAUUUACAAUAAUGUUAUGUCGGACCUUUCUUCAUUGUUUAGAAACUUUUACUAGAACUUGUGUACCUAAUUGGUUAAUUUAUGCUUAGUUUACAUUACAAUAUUUUUAAGAAUCUUAAAUUGAUAAAAGUAAUGUCAUAUUUAUUUGGUAAUUUAGAUGAAUGUAAAAUGGACACAAGUUUGUAAUCAUCAUGUGAUAUCAAAUGUUACAGACUUGUAAUAAUAUAGAUAUCUAGAUUCCCACAAAUCAGUUUUUCUUUCCAUAAAAUUAAUGCUUUUAGCGAAGCAGUAUGUAAGUCAAUAAUUUAUUACAUAAUUGUAAUAUUAGGUAUAUACUUAUUUUCAAAUAAAUAUGGGGGAUUUCAUCA